AGCUGUUCCACUGCGUUUCAUCUCCCAUGAAGCGAUACCACGCUUGCGAAUUGAGGAAAUCGCAAAAGGCAGGAAAAGAGAAAAAGACGCAGGUCUUCGUCAUUCCGCAAAACCCUAAAUCCUCAUUCAUUAAACCAAAUUCCUUGCUUGCUUGAUGGGGCGUCCUAAAGAGUGUAAAAGCAAAAAGCAAAAAGGGGAAAAGAGAAAAGCCGUCGGUGUUCUCUUUUCUUUAACUGAAAUGCAGCCACUUCCGUCUUCGAUCCUGGUCCCAUUCAUAUCUCUGCUGUUUGUCGUCGGCAGCUUAGUCGCAGAGAAGCAGGCGGAGAGGCUGAUUGGCUUCACGAAUGGCGAGCACCAGUGGAAGCAGGACAUCCGGGGAGGGCGGGUUGGAGAAGACGCUGACGAGGAAGAUGACGCGGUUGUCAACGAUGCUCGAUGGCGGAGAGGAGGAGCCGACUGCGGACAGCGAGCUGGUUCCGUCAUCCCUUGGUUCGAUUGUUCCCAUUCUCCGCGUUGCUAACGAGAUCGAACGGAUGAACCAGAGAGUCGCUUACCUAUGUCGAUUUCAUGCAUUUGAGAAGGCUCACAAAUUGGAUCCCACUUCAAGUGGUCGUGGUGUACGUCAAUUCAAGACCUAUCUUCUACAUAGGCUUGAAAAGGAGGAGGCAGAAACAAAACCACAACUUGCUAGAAGUGAUCCAAGAGAAAUCCAAAAGUUCUACCAGUGGUACUAUGAGAAUUAUGUCAAAGAGGGACCCACAAGAAGAAAACCUGAGGAGAUGGCCAAGCAUUAUCAGAUUGCAUCAGUAUUAUAUGAUGUCUUGAAACUUGUUGUACCCUCUGAUAGAGUAGAUGAUGAGAUUAAUAGGUAUGCUCGGGAAGUUGAGAGGAAAAAAGUUCAUUUUACUCAUUAUAACAUUCUUCCUCUUCAUGCCUCUGGUGCUGCCUCCCCAAUCAUGCAACUUCCAGAGAUAAGAGCAGCAGUCCAUGCUCUGCAGAAUGUGGAUGGUCUUCCAAUGCCUAGAUUAAAUUCAUCAGAGAAUGUGCCACUGAAAGUUGAUGGAUCUUUGAUACCUGAGGAUGGGAAUAGAUCUGUCAAAGAUUUGCUUGAUUGGCUUCUACUUGUCUUCGGGUUUCAGAAAGGGAAUGUGGAUAAUCAAAGGGAGCACUUGAUUUUGUUGCUUGCAAACAUUGACAUAAGAAAUAAAAGCCAUGAAGAUUAUUCUCUGUUGGAUAGUGGUACAGUGAGGUAUUUGUUGGAAAAAAUAUCUAAGAACUAUCAGUCUUGGUGUGCUUAUUUACAUCUCGAGUCAAACUUAAAGUUCCCAGCUCAUGCCGCAACACAACAGUUGGAGCUUCUUUAUAUUGGACUCUAUCUAUUGAUAUGGGGUGAAUCCUCAAAUAUUCGCUUUAUGCCUGAAUGCAUAUGUUAUAUAUUCCAUAAUAUGGCAAAUGAGCUGCGAGCAAUCUUAUUUGGCAAUGUUCAUUCGGCUAGUGGGGGGUAUUUUAAACCUGCAUAUCAAGGGGAAGAAUCAUUUUUGAAGGAGGUUGUAACUCCCAUCUAUUUGGUCAUGCGCAAGGAAGCUCUAAGAAAUAAAGGGGGUACAAGUAGCCAUUCCAAAUGGAGAAACUAUGAUGAUUUAAAUGAAUAUUUUUGGUCAAAAGAAUGUUUUAAAAUAGGUUGGCCUCUGAAUCAUAAUGCAGAUUUUUUUGUAGAAGAGACACAUCGCAAAACUGAGCACGUUGACCAAGUUGCUGGGAGAAGAAAGGCUAAAAUAAAUUUUGUGGAAGUUCGCACAUUUUGGCAUCUAUUUAGAAGUUUUGAUCGUAUGUGGACAUUCUUCAUAUUGGCGUUUCAGGCCAUGCUGAUCAUUGCUUGGAGCCCUUCAGGCUCUGUUACUGCUUUCUUUGACCCGGAUGUGUUUAAAAGUGUAUUAAGUAUUUUUCUUACUGCAGCAUUACUCAAUUUCCUCCAAGCUGCCUUGGAUAUUGUUCUUAGUUGGAAGGCUUGGGGAUGCAUGCAAUACACACAAAUAGUUCGGUACCUCCUGAAAUUUGUAAUAGCAACUGCAUGGGUUAUAAUUCUUCCAAUAAGCUACUCUAGUUCUGUACAGAACCCCACAGGACUGAUAAAAUUUUUUAGUAAUUGGGCCAGCAAUUGGCAAGGACAGCCGCUUUUUAACUUUGCUGUUGUUAUUUAUAUGAUACCGAACAUUUUGGCUGCCUUGCUAUUUAUGGUUCCACCUCUUCGGAGAGUCAUGGAGCGUUCUAAUUGGCGUGUAAUCACUUUUCUUUUGUGGUGGGCUCAGCCCAAGCUAUAUGUAGGAAGAGGCAUGCAUGAGGACUUGUUCACACUUCUCAAGUACACUCUCUUUUGGAUUCUACUGCUCAUAAGCAAGCUUGCCUUCAGUUACUAUGUUGAGAUAUACCCUCUGGUUGAGCCAACCAAGUUGAUAAUGAGUGUUGGAGUUGGAUCCUAUGAAUGGCAUGAAUUCUUCCCGAAUUUGCAGUAUAACAUUGGUGUUGUGAUAGCAAUGUGGGCACCGAUUGUUUUGGUAUACUUCAUGGAUACCCAGAUAUGGUAUGCCAUAUUCUCCACUAUAUUUGGAGGCAUUAAUGGAGCUUUCAGCCACCUUGGUGAGAUCCGAACACUUGGAAUGUUAAGGUCAAGAUUUGAGUCAGUGCCAAUAUUCUUUGCUUCACGGCUUAUACCUUUCUCUAGGGAGGAGGAAUCAAUAAGAAGUCAGGAGUCGGAAAGAAGGAACAUAGACAGAUUUGCUCAUGUGUGGAAUGCUUUCAUUAAAUCUUUAAGAGAAGAAGAUCUGAUAAGCAAUAAUGAGCAACUUCUGCUAUUGGUUCCAUAUUCCUCUGGUGAUGUAACUGUUGUCCAGUGGCCUCCUUUUCUUCUUGCUAGUAAGAUACCAAUAGCACUUGACAUGGCCAAAGAUUUCAAGAAAAAAGGUGAAGCCGAGCUAUUUAAGAAGAUAAAAUAUGAUAACUACAUGCAUUCAGCUGUCAUAGAAUGCUAUGAAACAUUGAGGGAUAUACUUUAUAGUCUUUUGGUUGAUGAGGAAGAUAAACAAGUUAUUAGACGCAUAUGCCAUGCCGUUGAUACUAGCAUACAACAGAGGGAAUUUCUGAACAACUUCCGGAUGAGUGAAUUGCCUCCGCUCAGCAGUAAAUUGGAGAAGCUGCUGAAUCUUUUGAAAGGUGAGCAUGAAGAUCUUGAUGCUUCUAAGACACAAAUAAUAAAUGUUCUACAGGAUAUUAUUGAGAUCAUGACACAGGAUGUCAUAAUUAGUGGACAAGGGAUCUUAGAAAGAUCUGAAGGAGGGACAAAUGAAGAAAAACCAAAGUUUUCUAAUCUUAAAUUUGAACUUAUGCUAAACGGUUCGUGGAUGGCGAAGGUUGUUCGGCUUCACUUACUUCUUACUGUCAAAGAAUCAGCAAUUAAUGUACCCACAAAUUUGGAUGCUCGGCGACGCAUUACUUUUUUCGCGAACUCAUUGUUCAUGAAUAUGCCAAGUGCUCCCAAAGUUCGUAAUAUGUUGUCUUUCAGUGUAUUGACGCCAUAUUACAAAGAAGAUGUUCUUUAUUCUGAGGAGGAACUUAAAAAAGAGAAUGAGGAUGGAAUAUCAAUUUUGUUUUACUUAGAGAGAAUAUAUCCAGAUGAAUGGAGAAAUUUCCUGGAGAGAAUGAGUAUCAAAAGGGAUGAAACUUAUGAGGAAAAGCUCAAGGAACAUAUGGAUGAUGUACGUAGGUGGGCAUCUUAUAGAGGCCAGACACUUUCUAGAACAGUGAGAGGAAUGAUGUACUACAGGGAUGCGCUUGUGCUGCAAUGCUUUUUGGACAUGCCAGAGGAUCAGGAUAGUUUGAUUCCCUAUAGAGCAACAAACCCAGUACAACAGUAUCAGGAUGAGAUGGCCUAUGGUGCAAAAGCUCAAGCUAUUACUGAUAUGAAGUAUACUUACGUUGUUUCAUGCCAGGUCUAUGGGAUGCAGAAAAAAUCGGGUGAAGCGAGAGAUAAAAGUUGCUACCAGAAUAUACUAAACCUUAUGCUAAAGUAUCCACAGUUACGAGUUGCCUACAUAGAUGAAAGAGAAGAGACAGUUGGUGGGAAAUCAGACAAAUUCUAUUAUUCUGUUCUUGUUAAAGGAGGUGACAAAUUGGAUGAGGAAAUUUAUCGCAUCAAACUUCCUGGAAGGCCAAAUGAUAUAGGUGAAGGGAAGCCUGAAAAUCAAAACCAUGCAAUAAUUUUCACCCGAGGGGAAGCACUUCAAACCAUCGACAUGAAUCAGGAUAACUAUCUCGAAGAGGCUUUCAAGAUUAGAAAUGUUUUAGAGGAAUUUUUUAAAUCUCGCCAUGGGCAACGUCGGCCAACAAUAGUGGGGCUUCGUGAACAUAUAUUCACCGGAAGCGUCUCUUCUCUUGCUUGGUUCAUGUCCAACCAGGAAACUAGUUUUGUAACUAUUGGGCAAAGAAUUUUGGCUAACCCUCUAAAGGUGCGGUUCCAUUAUGGUCAUCCUGAUGUCUUUGAUAGAAUAUUUCACCUCACGAGAGGUGGCGUAAGCAAGGCUUCUAAGACCAUUAAUUUAAGUGAGGAUAUAUUUUCCGGUUUCAACUCAACUUUGCGUGGAGGAAAUGUUGUGCACAAAGAAUAUAUGCAGGUGGGCAAGGGACGUGAUGUUGGCAUGAAUCAAAUUUCACUUUUUGAGGCAAAAGUUGCGAAUGGGAAUGGAGAGCAAACACUAAGUCGUGAUGUUUAUCGUUUGGGUCGGAGAUUCGAUUUUUAUAGAAUGCUAUCUUUCUACUUCACAACAGUUGGCUUCUACUUCAGUAGCAUGGUGACCGUACUUACUGUGUAUGUGUUCUUAUAUGGAAGAUUAUAUUUUGUAAUGAGUGGCUUAGAGAAGUCAAUUCUGGAGAAUCCUACUAUUGUGCAGGACAUCAAGCCUCUUGAAAGUACCCUUGCUUCUCAAUCUGUUUUUCAGCUAGGUCUGUUAAUGGUUCUGCCUAUGGUAAUGGAAGUUGGCUUGGAGAAAGGAUUUCGCACAGCUCUUGGUGAAUUUAUCAUAAUGCAGUUGCAGCUUGCUUCAGUUUUCUUCACUUUCCAACUUGGCACUAAAGCCCACUACUAUGGGAGAACCAUAUUACACGGUGGUGCCAAAUAUAGAGCAACUGGUCGUGGAUUUGUGGUAUUUCAUGCGAAGUUCGCCGACAACUAUCGUCUGUACUCUCGGAGUCACUUCGUUAAGGGCUUAGAGCUGAUGAUGUUGUUAGUUGUGUAUAAAGUCUAUGGGCAGACAUACCGAAGCUCCACUGUCUACCUUUUUGUUACAUUUUCCAUGUGGUUCUUGGUCUGUUCAUGGUUAUUUGCACCUUUUAUCUUUAAUCCUUCUGGUUUUGAGUGGGAAAAGACUGUAAAUGACUGGACUGAUUGGAAGAAAUGGAUGGGAAAUCGCGGGGGGAUCGGGAUAGCAGAAGAUAGAAGCUGGGAAUCUUGGUGGGCAAAUGAACAAGAACAUCUUAAAUAUACAAGUAUUCGCGGAAUGGUCCUGGAAAUCAUCCUUGCUUUACGCUUCUUGAUCUAUCAAUACGGCAUUGUCUAUCAUCUUGAUAUCGCCCAUCAUAGCAGAAGCAUUUUGGUAUAUGCACUAUCAUGGCUGGUUAUGUUGACUGUUCUGUUAGUUUUGAAGAUGGUUUCCAUGGGAAGGAGGAGAUUUGGCACAGAUUUUCAGCUCAUGUUCCGAAUUCUCAAGGGGCUUCUGUUCCUUGGGUUUGUGUCUGUCAUGACUGUCCUAUUUGUAGUUUGUGGCCUCACCAUAACUGAUGUUUUUGCCAGCAUAUUGGGUUUCAUGCCAACCGGAUGGUCCAUUAUUCUGAUUGGUCAAAUGCUGAGGCCGAUGAUGAAGAAGCUAGGAUUCUGGGAUUCAAUCAAGGAAUUGGGAAGGGCAUAUGAAUACGUAAUGGGACUGAUCAUAUUGAUACCUGUUGCUGUUCUGUCUUGGUUUUCAUUCGUCUCAGAGUUUCAGACUCGCUUACUUUUCAAUCAGGCAUUUAGCAGAGGACUGCAAAUCUCCAGAAUUCUUGCAGGGCGGAAGGACAGCAAUGCAAGUGCCAUCUGAGUUUUCCUUUUGUAGAACUUUCCUACUAAUUCCAAAAGACCACUUAGCGUGGUAAGAAUGCUAUUAGCAACUAAAAUUAAACGAUUAUGUUAAUGAUUAUUUAUUUAUUUAUUUAAUGAUAAGAUUCCUGUAUUAUCUUUGUUAAUGAACGUGAUUCCUGCAAUGUA